CCCCGUAUACUCCGGGGUGGUGCUUAGCCGGCGCCAGACCGACCCUCGACUUCGGAGAGGCAGUGCUGUUCCUCUGGGUGCUUCCUCCACAUCUUCUUCAGCUUCUUCGGUCUCCUCGGCCUCCUUACCGACCGCGGGGACCCGAGACUCUGGUGUAUGCCCCACCCCUGACCCUGCUAGAGAUAUGUCCACCCCGGCUCGGCGGCGCCUCAUGCGGGACUUCAAGAGGUUGCAGGAGGAUCCUCCAGCUGGAGUCAGUGGGGCUCCGUCCGAGAACAACAUAAUGGUUUGGAACGCGGUCAUUUUUGGGCCUGAAGGGACCCCAUUUGAGGAUGGAACAUUUAAACUUACAAUAGAAUUCACUGAAGAAUAUCCGAAUAAACCACCUACUGUUAGAUUUGUCUCUAAGAUGUUUCAUCCAAAUGUCUAUGCAGAUGGUAGUAUAUGUCUGGAUAUACUUCAGAACCGUUGGAGUCCAACCUAUGAUGUGUCUUCCAUUUUAACAUCCAUACAGUCUCUAUUGGAUGAACCCAAUCCCAAUAGUCCUGCAAACAGC